CGCUAAACUAGUUCGGCAUGAGCUACCAGAUUUCUAGCUAAUAGACCCCACGUUGGAUAAAUAUCGUCACAGACUAGUCUUGUUGUUUGUUAAUGUAAUUGUUUCGGAUCAUGUUUGUCUGGGUACGCUUUCUGCUUAGUGUCUUAUUAUGUUGCUGUGCUGGUGCUGACUUGGAGACUGCCCGCGUCUGUUAUGGCACGGACUAUGUUUUUCCAUCAAAUUACGAAUCCUAUUUCAUAAUUACCAAGCUGUUCUUCAAGCCAUCAUACCCUCGGGGAUCACCCAAUACACUGGUGUUAGACAAAUUGAAGCUAAAAGACCCACGUUACAAAGUCACCGUCUUGACCUUGAGAAUACCAGAUGUAACAGAAGAGGACAAUGGGAUUUUCUCUGUUAUGUAUGACGAUGGCAUUACAUUUGAUCUCCUCAGACUGGAAGUUACUGAUUGUUCUUCCAAAGUAGAAUUGACUUACGGUUCUAGGUUCUUGCAGACUGUUGUCAAUCAAGCUUCUACCUUAGACUUCCUGCCUUUAGACUCUUCCUCUAAGUCUGUGGUACUCUGGAAUCAAACAAACAACCAGGCUGGCACAGAGGGCAUUGGGGUGAUGAUAGGCCACUCAUGGGUGGUAACGCGUGUCACCCAAAAGCAUCAGGGCCACUAUACCUUCAGAAACAGCGAUGGGCGGAUUCUGUCCAGAAGAAAGCUGGAAGUGAAAGAACAUGUUGAGUGGCACACUGUGGACAGUGAUGAGAAUAUCGUCAUCAAUUUCGCCCUGGACUCUGACGAGUACAACCUCAACUUUUUUCCGGAAGGGGAAACAGAGGCCAUACUUUUGAUUAAAAAGGGAAGAGUGGUGUAUGGCAAACCCAUCAAUUACAAGGUUCAGAUACUGGGUCGAAGAUCAAAUUUUGCUUUUAAAAUUGACGAUUUAGAGAACCAGGAUUCUGGCAAGUUUGAGCUCAGAGACCAGGACAACAACUUGGCUUUAGUAGUUUGGCUGAAGGUAAAACCUCUUAUUCCUGUGGUGACUUACAUUUAUGUGGGAGUUUCAGUCGUUAUCCUGGUGGGUAUCUGUUGUUGUGUGAGGAAGUGCUGCUGUAAGAGGAACGCCUCCAAACGAAACGCCUCUGCUUCCGCGUCGGGGCAGGUCGUGGUCCACCAAGACGAAACCUGUCGCAUGACCAGUCAACCCUCAGGCCCAAGUCACCCCAGACCCCCAAAUUUUCAGAGUUAUGCUAGUGAACCGGUCGUCACAAUAUCCCCCGCAGCACCCUCCGGCCCAACGUACCAGCCCACUCCUCCUCCCCCCAAUCCAUCGGAUGACCCCCACACUCAGGUGUCCACCUCCACAGGACUGGAUCCUCCUUCGUUCUCUCUGGGUUUCGACUGCUUCUCUUCGGAUUUUGAGACUCAGUUCAAGCUUCCUCAGACAUUAAACCACCACACUGACCCCUUGUCCAGCUCAGACCCUUCCUCCUCUGCAGAUGUCUACAACUCUGACAAACUGAAUUUCCUGUAAAAGAAAAUACUGGAUUUGGUGUGACCAUACCACAUUUAGUUAUUUUCUUGUCUGGUCACACGUCUGUUAUGUGGCCUAAUUCUAUGGAUAAGUAUUCAUUAUUUUAUCAUUCAUUUAUUGUUUAAGCAUAUGUGGGCACCUUCAAGGAUUCUACUUUGUUGAGUUGAGGAUAUGUGCAAGCUAAAUCACCAUCUCCAGUUUUG